AGCCAUCGGUCGACGCGCGCAACCGUCAUGGCAGCGGAGGAGAAGGAUCCCCUGAGCUAUUUCGCGGCUUACGGGAGCAGCAGCUCAGGCUCCUCGGACGAGGAGGAUAACAGCGAGCCGGAGGAGACAAGUCGUAAGGCCCCGGAUCCGGCGAAGUCGGCGGGCGGCUGUGGGAACAAGGCAGAGAAGCGGCUGCCUGGACCCGACGAGCUGUUCCGGAGCGUGACUCGCCCGGCCUUUCUCUACAAUCCGCUCAACAAACAGAUCGACUGGGAGAGGCACGUCGUCAAGGCGCCAGAGGAGCCUCCGAAGGAAUUCAAAAUAUGGAAGUCAAACUGUGUACCACCUCCGGAGACCUACUCGACUGAGAAGAAACCUCCCCCUCCAGAGCUGGAUAUGGCAAUAAAAUGGUCUAACAUAUAUGAGGACAAUGGUGAUGAUGCCCCACAGAAUGCUAAGAAAGCUAGGCUUCUCCCAGAAGGGGAGGAGACAGUGGAAUCAGAUGAUGAAAAAGAAGAGCAUACUUCUAAAAAGCGCAAAAUAGAACCGGGAGAACCAACAAAGAAGAAAAAAUAGAAAACAAAUGACAAGAAUUUAUGGACUGUGAAACUUUGUUGAAAUGAGGUUUUUUGGCAGAUUAAAUUGAUAUUGUAAAUUAUUAUGAAACAACAUCUCCAUGAAAGUAUAUGUUAAUUAGCUAAUGAGUAUUGGUUCAGGAACCUUCCACUGUAGAAUUCAUUUUUUAUUUAAAACUUAUAUGUAUUUAAAACUCAAAUGGUGACUUGUGAUUGUAAAAUUGACAACACUUGGAAGCAUUCUUGCUACCACAGAAUUGGUGACAUGCUUUGAGUUUCAUCCCAUGUUGACAUGCCAAUGUUCUAUGAACCUUUUAUAAAGGAGUAUAUUUUUAAAGUAAAUAUAUUGUACUGUGAACUUGUAGGGUGCUUUUCAGCAGUGUUUGUACAGUGUAAAUAGAUCAUGGAAAUAAAAUUACCAAUAUUACUAUUACUGCAUAACAUUAACAUUUGAAUAUUUGUGACAAGUACCCUCUUUGCCAUGUGACAUUCUGAUAGUGGGUAUUACCAUUUAGGGAGUGCCUCCUGUGUUCCAAGUGCUUUGUGCAUAUAUUAUCUGAUCCUCAGCCUAAUAAAGCAGGUAUUAAUAGCCUCAUUUUAUAAUAGAGAUUAAUUUAUCCACGGUUACACAGCUAGUGAGCAAUGAAUUUGAGAUUUAACCCAGGACACUUGAACUCCAAAAAUAUCACACUAAAACACCUAUCUGCCAAUCAGAAUUUAGUCAUCUUCGCUCAGGAGGCAACUCCUCUGCCCUCCUUAUUUCUGUAAUGAUCCAUAUGGCCUGAAGACCAUUAAAAACAUUACUGAAAAAAAAAAGUCAUAUUUUAGGAACUGUAGUUGCCAUCUCUUCCAGGUACUCUUCUGUGGUAAUCAGUAGAGAUCUUCUCCCCUGAUUAUAUUACUGCACUUAUCAUAUAUGCCUUAUAUUAUGAUCAUUGAUUUCCCUGUUAAAUAGUAAGCUUGCCAAAGAUAAGGAUCUUCUACAAAGAGUUGCUAGACGUAGCAAAUGAACUUAAGGAAUAUCCAGUUAAAUUUGAAUUUUAGAUAAACAACAAAUGAUGUUUUAGUAUAUGUGAUAUUUGAGAAAUACUUAUAGUAAAAAUUUAUUUAUCUGAAAUUCAAAUUUAACUGAGCAUCUUAUAUUUUGUCUGACAACCCUACUCCUAUGUGUUUUCUCUAUCCAGCUCCUGUUUUAAUGCUUUGCAUAUAGUAAUAAAAUCAACAAGGGGUAUUAAGGAAGAUUGUAAUCUUAGAUUUGACUUCUGCAGUCCAAAAUGCAGUGAAGUUAUUUGUAACAUUUUGAAAGAUAAAAAAGAGAGGUUAUAUACUGCGUCAGUCUUUCCAUGAUUCUUACAUGCCUUUAAGAGACGAGUUAAUUACAGGACAUUAUUCAGUUUUUAAAAAUCCCCAGUCUGAUUGUUUUCCCCAUACUGGAAACCAACAUUUGAAAAACUAUAAAAUUUGUUGAGAACAUGAAUCAAGUAGAUUAAAGUUUGUAGAAGUCAUUAAAAGUGUACCAGUCAUACUGUUUUGUGGAUUGAGGAAGGGACAUGAAUAUGAUGGCUUCCACUGUAUCUUAAACUUACAAAUCCAGUUCUACAGCUGCUUAUCCUCUAGGUUUACAAGUAUCUGAAUCCCAAAGUUGAAGUAAUUGAUAAAUCAAGAAACUUUUUAAGGUUGAAAUCUUUGUACAUGAAUAAUUGGGAUGGCAGUGGUAUGUACUAGGGAGUGGCAUCAGCUGGUAAAGCCUGAGUCCAAUGUGACAAACAAAUGGAAAUAUGAGGUUGUGAUUCCCAAAUCUGGAAGAAUCUAGUCUGGAUGAAUGUAUUGGUGGAACAGGUAUCUCGGAAGUUACUGAAAUAUUACAAGAUUUUAAAAACUAGCAUGAAAAUGAACCUUAUACAAGAAAAAAAAAACAGCAAGCCACUGUCUGAAAAUCUUUUUAACCUCUUUUUACCACUCACUGUUUCACCUCCUAUCUUGUAUCAAUCAGUUUGUGACAGAGAAUAAAAGAUCACUAGAUCAGUCUCUAGUGGUGCUUUGAGCCUCUUUUCUAGAAGGUAGCAGAACUGGGGAGGGGAGAAAAAAUACCACUUUUCCUUGGAGGGGGUAAAUAUUCUGAUAUUUUAAACAGGAAAGGUAGUUGCUACACUUGUGAGAUUAUUAAGCAACUGCUGGAAGAUGUGCACCUAUGUGAGUACAGGUCAAGCCAAUUUUUUUGGGUUUUGGUUUUUGGUUUUUUUGCGGUACGCGGGCCUCUCACUGUUGCGGCCUCUCCCGUUGCGGAGCACAGGCUCCGGA